AUGAACUAUUUGUUGACCACAGAGCAGGUAGUCGUGAACUUCUUUUGUACCUGCGUGUACAACAUAUGCUUCCACCCUUUGCGUAAAUACCCUGGCCCAAAGCUUGCUGCAGCUACCGGUCUUGUAUUCUUCUAUAAGAUGCUCCGUGGUGAUGAGGUCGCAUUUGAACACGCAAUGCACCAGAAAUACGGCGAAGUCGUUCGGCUGGGGCCCGACCGAUUAACCUAUAUCGCACCUGAGGCCUGGAAAGAUAUAGCCGGCGCUGGAGCAGGGAAACGUCUCGAGAAUACGAAGGAUGCCACGACCCUGGGUCCAAAUAUUCACGGUGAUUCCACCAUGGGAGCGAUGUAUGACACUGCUAUCCACAGGGCACGUCGAAGAAUAUAUGCACCUGCGUUCAGCGAUAGGGGGGCUCUUAAGCAGCAAGAGCCCCUGUUCCUCGGCUACCUCAACUCAUUGAAAAGACUCAUGAAAGAAAAGGCAACGAACGAACCCGACACCGGAAUGGACAUCUCCAGGUAUCUCAACUUCCUAACUUUUGAUGUAAUGGCGGACUUAACCUUUGGAGAGCCUUUAGGUCUUCUUGAAAAAUCAGAGUACACGCCAUGGGUUGCGUCAAUGUUCGGGCACCUUCUCGUCAUAUCGAUCGGACGUGUCAAGCGAGAGUACAAGCUUUUUGAUAAGCUACUAUCGAUUGUCAUGCCGAAAGGUGCGAAGGAAAAGGCCUACGAGCACUAUAAUCACUCUGCCGACCGAGUAGGAAAGCGAUUAGCACGCGGUAUCGACAUCGGGAAACCUGACAUUUGGAAACUUGUCAUGGAAAGGAAUGAGAAUGGUAGUAUCAAUCUAUCGAAACGCGAGAUGACGGCUGACGCAGCAUCGUUCAUGUUUGCUGGGACUGAGACGUCUGCCACUACACUGAGCGGCCUCUUAUACCUCUUGUUAAAGAAUCCUGAAAAAAAUGCAACGACUCCAGACCGAAAGGCUCUCAGGAUUUACCCAGCUGCACCGCUCGCAUUGUUCCGCGUCACGCCAAAGGGAGGUAACAUGAUUUGCGGGGAACUCAUUCCAGAACGCACUCGCGUUGCAGUCCCCCAUUAUGCUGCCUACCACAGUGCUUUGAAUUUCAAAGAUCCUGACUCAUUCAUCCCUGAGCGUUGGCUCCCUGGGACUGAGUACGAGAGUGAUCGCAAAGGCGCAUUUCAACCCUUCUCGUGCGGGUCACGCAAUUGUAUUGGUCAGAAUCUGGCUAAUCAUGAAACCCGCACUACCGUUGCGCAUCUGAUUUGGCAUUUUGACUUCGAGUUAUGUCCAGAAAGUGCCAAUUGGAUAGAUCAGAAGGUACACAUGGUAUGGGUCAAGCCUCCGCUCAUGGUUAAAUUGAAGUACGUUAGGUGA